AUGAGUGCAGAAAUUGUUCGAGAGCAAUUUUCAGCUUUACAAAAACAACAAGAAAGACGGCUGAAUCUUUUAAACGAAAAGAAAACAAAAAAGAAGACAGCUGAUGCUAGUGUGUCGAUGAAUUUGGAGAAUAAUAUAAUUAGUUCAAUUAUUAAACAACAAAAUGUCGCGCAAGAAAAUGGAAAUCAAGAACAAAUACGCGAAUUACGAGAUGAAAAUGGACGUUUACGAAAGUUAUUAGCUGAAAAAGAUUAUGAAGUAAAUUAUUUAAGACGAAUAUCGGAAGAAGAACGAGCAGCAUUUACAGGCGGUAAUGUCGGUGGCGAUGCAAUAGCAACUAAAGUGGUUGAGUUAUCAAAAAAAAACCGCGAAUUAUGCGCCGAAUUAGAAGGUGAACGUGCAAAAUUAAAAAAACUGAGUAUUAAAUGUAAAGAAUUGGAAUCAGUUAAUAAUACCAAAUCACAAACAGAACGACGACCGUCGAUUACAGAUGAGAAUAAAUCUGAUAAAGAAUUAAAGGAACUGAAAGAGAAGCUAAAAGAUAUUCAAGCUCGACACACCGAAGCAAAAUCACAAUUGGAUAUACUUAAACAAGAAUUGAAAAAAACCCAAAAGGCAUUAGAAAAAGAAGUCGGUGAUUCAGUAAACGUUCAGGCUAUCUUAAAUGGUAAUGCAAAUUGGCGUGGGCGACAACAACAAAUUAUUGCUUUGCAAGAAAAACUCUCCGAUUUGAAAAAUCGUAUUGCAGUAAAUGAAACGAGUCGUAUUCAACAUCAAUUUGAUGAUGAGUGGGAUGCUACUUCGUUGUCUACUCGUUACGAUGAAACACUAAAUAAUACGCGUCACUCUCUACUUGACAGUCGUCAUCGUGACGACAUACGAAAACUAGAAAAAGAUCGUAAAGAACAUGAACAACAACAGAAACAAGAAUUAGAAACUCUUAAAAUUGAUCUACAAACAUAUAAAGAUAAAUUUGAACAAUCAAAAACACGAAAUACAGUGUUGAAUAACGACUUGAAAUUACAUCGUGAACAACUAAAAACUGCUCUUGAGAAAGGAAAACAUGAUGAUGAACUUAUUGAAGCAUUAUUAAAACAACAACAACAAAUGAAAACGUUAGUAGAACAAAAACAAAGAGAGGAUGAACGAAAAGUUGAACGAGAUCAAAAAGAUGAACAAUCGGCAAAAAUUGAAUUGAUGAAAUCAAAAAAUUUGAUUAAACAAUUACAAUCAGUUAUUGACAUGAAAGAAAUUAGAAUUCGAGAAUUAGAAUUAGAAUUAGAUGAAAAUGGAAUUAAGUACAAUAGAGAUGACAAUAACUCAAUCGAUACUAUAGAACAAAUGGAACAAUCUGUAACAAUCACCAGUCGCCGUGUAAAGUCUUCAACACCCGUAAUACUCGGACCAAUACAAAAGACCACUGCACCAUUAUCAUUACCAGAAAAUACCACAACAGUUGUUGUUAAUCCUGUUCAAUUAACAAGUUUAAAACAACAGAAACAACGUGAUAUAGUUGAUCAAACUGUUUUAUCACGAUUAGAAAAAAAUGGUUUUACAUCUAGACCAAAUAGUUCAUCAUUGAAAACAAAUGAAACAUCAUCUACUGAAAAUAACAAUUUAUCUCAUAAAUGUAAAGAAUUACAAUCUUUAAAUUCUGCGUUGGAUAUUGAACGUAAUGGUCUUGUUGACUUAGUCAAAACAUUACAAAAACGUUUAGAUGAAUCGACAACAAAAUUCGUUGAAUUAGAUUCAAAAUUAAUUGAACAACGAAAACAAAAUAUUUUAAUAGAAAAAGAGUAUGAACGAACAAAGUUAGAUUUAGCUAACGCUAAAAAUAGAACAGGAAAAUCGGCAACAACAGUAAAAACAAAUGAUAAUCGUCUGGAUAUAGAAGAAAUGGAAACAAAUUUAAUAUUAAAAACGGAAGAAAAUGAUGCUUUGAAAAAUGCUUUAAAAUCUAUGCUAGAUGCGAAGGAAGAAGAUUUAAGAUUAUAUAAUGAAACAAUUGAAUCAGUUAAAAAUAUAUUUCUACAAGGAAUUAAACAAUAUAAACCAACCUGA